GUUGGAAAAGAUGACGUUAAAAGCCUCACCGGCGGCGGAGAAAGUGAAGAAUUUUGUAUCUCCACCACCGUUAUUUACUCACCAACGCUCCCUACUUUCCUCGCUCUUAUUAUUCCGCGUUUUAUGCCUCUCUGCAACCUUCCCUUUUGUCGUCUCUUUCACUCUCCGCCAAAAUCCUUUCCAAAUAUAGCAGUUCUCAGAAACACGGCUCUUACCGGCGCCCACCGGCGAUAUUACCAAUGAUAUGAUGGGUAAUUUGCGCCCAUAAAAUGGUGCUCUCUUCUCUUCCGGGUUUCCUCACAAUGGCUUCACACAGGUGCAGAACGCCGCCGACGUUCUUCUCCAAUGGGUUCGCCUUCGCCGGCGCGACGGUGCUGGGUGUCUUAGCCCUCUGGGCGUUCAUGAGUUUUCUGACGCCGGGUUCUGGCUCCGAUUUCGACGCCGGGAGAAAGUCCACGGCUUUCAACGGCGUUGAGGAGAAGCAAGAAUGUUCCGACGGGAGCCAGGGGUUCGACCGGCUUCACGACCCGCCGGAGAAAAAUUUCUACGACGACCCGAAACUGAGCUACACGAUUGACAAGCCGAUUAAAAAUUGGGAUGAGAAGAGAAAGGAGUGGCUUGAGCAACACCCCUCGUUUAUUCCCGGCGCGGAUAACCGGAUUUUGAUGGUGACCGGGUCUCAGGCGACGCCGUGCCGGAACCCGAUCGGGGAUCAUUUACUGCUCCGGCUGUUCAAGAACAAGGUGGAUUACUGCAGAAUCCACGGCUACGAUUUCUUCUACAACAACGUUCUUCUCCAGCCGGUGAUGUUCUCGUUCUGGGCAAAAGUCCCGACGGUGCGCGCCGCCAUGCUGGCCCACCCGGAAGCGGAGUGGAUCUGGUGGGUCGACUCCGACGCCGCCAUAACCGACAUGGAUUUCAAGCUCCCUCUCCACCGUUACAAGAACCAUAACCUAGUAGUCCACGGGUGGCUCACCCUGGUGGAGAAAAGCUGGACCAGCGUCAAUGCCGGCGUCUUCCUCAUCCGCAACUGCCAAUGGUCCAUGGACUUCAUGGACGUGUGGGCAAACAUGGGUCCCCAGUCGCCGGAGUACGAUGACUGGGGCAAAACUCUCCACACCACAUUCCCCGACAAGGAAACCCCGGAGGCAGAUGAUCAGUCAGGUCUGAUAUAUCUAAUCUCAAAGGAGAAACAAAAAUGGGGGAACAAAAUGAAGAUCUUCGUGGAAAGCGAGUACUACUUCGAGGGAUAUUGGCUGGAGAUCGUGGGGAAGCUGGAGAACAUCACCGACGGGUACCUGGAGAUAGAGAAGCGGGAGCCCAAAUUGAGAAGGCGGCACGCGGAGAAGGUGAGCGAGAGCUAUGCUAUGGCGUGGGAGGAGCAUCUGAAGGACGCCGGAUACGGCAGGUACAGCUGGCGCCGACCGUUCAUCACUCACUUCACCGGCUGUCAGCCCUGCACCGGCGACCGUAAUCAGGCGUAUUCCGGCGAGGUCUGCGUCGAUUCCAUGCAUAAAGCCCUCAAUUUUGCGGAUAAUCAGGUGCUCCGUCGCUAUGGCUAUAUGCACAAGGAUUUGCUCGAUACUUCCUCUGUUGUUCCUUUAGGUUUCGAUUUUCCGGCUUGAUUGUAUAGAUCGUUCCCAGAAACAUUGCGAUUCCGUAUGAUGUUUGUUUGUACUGUAAAAACUUUCUUAGAUUCGGUAUAGGUUCGGAUCGCCAAUUUCCUCCUGUUGUUUAGUUUGAUUCAGAGAAUUAUUAAGAGUAUUUUGUAUU